CCGUUCGAGCAGAAGCCUAUGGGUCGAUCCUGGCGAGUACGAUUACAUACCUGCCAUCGAAGUGCCUUACUGAUAGCGCUCUCGCAAGCCAUGCCAACCAUCGAAACCAGUUCCCAGGCCGUGUCGUAGGAGAUCUUCUCGAGUCCAUACGCGGUGUGCCCACAGUUCACAGAGUCAGUUGUGCUGCAGCACUUGAACCGUUAACAUGUUUCGAAUUUUGAAGUACAGUGAUACCGCAUCUCUUCGGGUAUUUUCCCGAUCCAAACAUACGGGCACAGUGAUAGCGAUUCGUCGCGAAGAUCAAUCAGUAUGGGAACGACGAGCCUCCUUCAGUCCGGCAGGCGUAAAGAAGCUUAUCAAACAGGGCGUAAAGGUGAUAGUUCAGCCGUCCAACCGUCGGGCCUAUCCGAUGCAGGCUUAUCUCAAUGCUGGCGCCACUGUCCAGGAAGAUAUCAGCGAGGCGUCCGUUAUCUUCGGCGUUAAGCAGGUUCCCGUGGACGCACUUAUCCCGCAGAAGACCUACUGCUUCUUCUCGCAUACCAUCAAGGCACAGGAGUCCAAUAUGCCGCUCCUGGAUGCCUGUUUGGAGAAGAACAUCCGCCUCGUCGACUACGAGAAGCUGAUGGACCGAAACGGGCAGCGAUUGGUUGCCUUCGGAAAAUACGCCGGAGUUGCCGGAAUGGUGAACAUUCUGCAUGGACUUGGCCUGCGCUUGUUGGCGCUGGGUCAUCACACUCCUUUCAUGCACGUUGGACCAGCGCACAACUACCGCAAUUCUUCUAUGGCUCGUCAAGCUGUUCGUGAUUGUGGUUACGAGAUCGCGCUUGGCAUGAUGCCCAAAUCAAUCGGACCGUUGACCUUCAUCUUCACUGGAUCUGGCAACGUUUCGCAAGGAGCACAGGAAGUUUUCCAAGAACUGCCCAUCGAAUACGUUCCACCGGAAAGCUUACGCAAGGUCGCAGAGCAUGGCAGCCAGAACAAGCUGUACGCUUGCGAAAUCAGCCGAUCCGAUCAUCUGGAACGACGAGACGGCGGAGGGUUCGACCCCGUUGAGUACGAUCAGUACCCAGAGCGAUACAUUUCAACCUUCAGUACAAACAUUGCACCCUACGCUUCGGUGAUCGUGAACGGCAUCUACUGGGCAGUUGGUGCUCCAAAGCUCAUCACCAUUCCAGAUGCCAAGAACCUGCUCAGACCUGCAAAUACUCCAUGGCUACCGACAAGUCGGGGAGCUCCGGCACUGCCACACCGCAUGCUGGCCAUCUGUGAUAUCUCCGCUGAUCCGGGCGGUUCCAUAGAGUUCAUGAACGAGUGCACUACCAUCGAUAAUCCAUUCUGUUUGUACGACGCCGAUCGCAAUAAGGAUCAGAAGAGCUUCAAGGGACCCGGCGUCCUAGUCUGCUCGAUUGACAACAUGCCCACUCAGCUCCCAAGAGAAGCCACCGACUUCUUCGGAGACCUACUUUACCCGUACGCUUUGGAUAUAUUGCAGAGUGACGCAUCGAAGCCCCUAUCAGAGCACAACUUCUGCCAACCCGUUGAAGGAGCCAUCAUCUGCAGCAAUGGAAAGCUCACUCCCGGCUAUGAAUACAUCAACGAACUGCGCGAGGCAAACUACCGAUCGCGCCAUAAGACGGAAGGAUCGUCCCUCGGUAAAAAGCGAGUCUUGGUCUUGGGAGCUGGCUUUGUGUCGGCCCCUUUGGUGGAAUACCUUCAUCGUGAGUCUAACGUCAGUAUCAAAGUAGGAUCCCAGAUCAAGGAAGAAGCCGAUCGACUAGCCCAUCGCUACCAGGGAAUCGAGUCAGUCUACAUUAACGUUGAAGAUGAAAGUACCAAUCUUCAGAACUUGUGCGAGGAAAGUGAUGUCGUGGUGUCACUUUUGCCUUACUCGUUACAUGGACUGAUUGCGAAGCAUUGCGUUGCUGGUAGAACUCAUUUGGUAACCGCCAGUUAUUUGAAUGACGAAAUCAAGGCAUUGGAUGAAAGUGCCAAGGAAGCUGGAGUGACUCUGAUGAACGAAGUUGGUUUGGAUCCUGGUAUCGAUCACUUGUUAGCCCUGGAAUGCAUACAGGAAGUACAAGAAAAGGGAGGUCUAGUUGAAUCCUUCGUGAGCUUCUGCGGAGGAUUACCCGCACCAGAGCAUUCGGAUAACCCUCUCCGAUACAAAUUCUCGUGGUCACCUCGAGGUGUUCUGCUGAACACGCUUUCUGCCGCCAAGUACCUCAGCAAAGGACAAGUUGUUGAAAUUUCCGGAGGUGGUGACCUGAUGACGGCACCUCGUGACUUGAACUUCCUUCCUGGCUUCGCGCUGGAAGGCUUCCCCAAUCGUGACUCCACCAAGUACCAAGACUUGUACGGUCUCGCCGGAGUCCAUACUCUCAUUCGAGGAACUAUCCGCUACAAGGGCUUCUCGGACAGUAUCAAACCAAUGCAGCUGCUAGGACUGAUUGAUCCCAACCCCCAUCCAAUGCUGCAUCCCCAUGGACCAGAAAUCACCUGGAGACAACUUAUCAUCAACUUCCUCGGACUGCAGGAUGCCGACAUGUUCUACGAAAACUUGAAGCACAGAUUGGCCGAACGGGUGGGCAAUACAGAUGGCAUUGAACAGCUAGGAUUACUGGAGGACAUCAAGGUCGUCAAAAUGGGAACUCCUUUGGAUACGCUGAGUCAUUAUCUGUCCGGAAAGCUUGCUUUUGGUCCAACGGAACGCGAUUUGGUGGUCCUAAGGCAUGACGUGGGCAUUCGCUGGAACGACGGUCGACGGGAGCACCGAGGAAUCAAUUUUGUAGCAUACGGUCAACCUUCCAUCAACGGAGGACACUCGGCAAUGGCAGUAACGGUCGGAUUCCCGGCUGCGAUUGCGGCGAAGAUGAUUUUGGAUGGUGAAAUUCAACAGCGCGGCGUUGUACUGCCCUUCACAUCGGAUAUCUACCGAACGAUGCUGGCACGGUUGGAAAAUGAAGGACUGGUUGCACAUACGACGUCCAAAUUUCUUUGAAUUGGAUGAAUGAAUAUGGAAUAUCUCAGUAUCGGUAACCCGUUUGGGUCAUUGUUGUUCCCGGAAUGAUGAUGAGUGGAAAGAAGUAUGCAUGCAAAUGUAUGUAAUUGUAAAUAAGUAAGUUGAAUCUUUGAGAUGAAUAAAGAGUUAUAAGAUGGAA